GAUCUUCUCAUCGACCUUCGACGAUCACCAGCUUCCCGAUAAGGUGCAUUGACAGCUCCUCUCAUAUACCCAUACAGGACAACGAUCAGCACCAUGUCCUCCGCACAGAAUCCUACCUCCAACAAGAAGCCGCCAAGCUCAUUCUUAGAGAGCGUUUUUGAUUCACUAUGGCAACCCGGACUGAAUACGCCAAUGAGAAGGGUGAUGGAUAUGAGCUUUAUGGGAUUAUUUUUUGUUUUGUUUACCCUCAUUUUCUUGACAAACUUUAACAUUCAUGUCAUCGCACUCUUUUGCAUUUCAAUAGGGCUGUUCCUGUCUAUUCAUUGGUUCCUGAAUGAGUUGGAUAAGAUGCCACCUUCUGCCACGCAGAUUCAACAGAUGCCAACAGAAGCAGAUCAGGCGGAGGGAAUAUCGAAUCAAUCGGAGACCAAAAAGGCGCAAUAAUGCGGGAAGGCAAGACUUCAAUAUAGAGAUACGAGCAAUGUCAUGAAGGAUCGAUAUGAUGGGAAACGAGAUAUGAGGAGGAAGAGUCGAAUCAACAUAUUUUGAUGUACAUAAUAGAGUUCUAGUGUAUAUAUUUUAAGCAAUGACGAUAAUGCAACCCUCUUUUAU